UAAUGACGGAAGCUUGGAGGCCGCUGAUUGGCUCAUCCCCUUGCGCUCGUCACAGACUGCGGCCUCUGAUUGGUCGCUUGACGUCCUGGCAUCCUUCCUGAGGCUGUGGGUGGCAGAACUGCAGACUUCACAGAGUGACGGUCUGUGUGCUAAGGGUAGCCAUGUUGAUGCCUGGUUUUGUGUCAACCGCUACACUUUGGAUGGUUAAAGGACUGCGUCUCAAGAAGCGGGAGCCUUAGCGGUUGUUCCUGCACCGCGAUGAGAAGAGGAGAGCGGGUUGGGACGGUACAGGGAGCGCCAGAGAAGAGCUGCUCUGCUUAGGAUCCACGGACAUCAACGGUCGAUUCAAAGCAAGUGAAGUUGAUGCUAGUUAGCCUGGUAGCUAGGUAGCAACAGCUGUGCGGACGCUGCGUGGGAUGCAGCGUGUGGACUAAAAACAAAAUUAUCCUCUGCUUGUUGUGUUUUCUUGGACAAACCAUAACUAGCCUGCUUUAAGACUUUAGCGUUACAACGGGGCUGCUGGAUUCAUGCUAGCUUGCUUUAGUUACCGUUGUAGAGCUAGCUGUUAGCUAACGUUAGCAUGCUGACAACCAGCUCGCAUCUUCUGUCACGACUAACAUUCGCUUGCUGAGUGGACUCUUAACUUAUUGUUACGUUCAGACGGUCACGGAGCACCGUGUUUUGUGACAAAAGAGAGAGAAAAAAACCGAGUGGAGAUAUGGCGAUACACCCAGUCUCUGUGGAAAGCAACCGCCUGCCCAGCCUGCCAAGGAGCGGCUAACGGGCUAGCAGCAUAACUUUCCUCUCACGGUGUCACUGUAGCUGCACAGCCCGCUUCCUCGCUAGCCGACCUCUCGUACCUGAAGCAAGCUGGCGUCCCUCCGAGUAGAAGCCGAGGACAAGGAGCUCGGGCCGAUGGCCUGGGUGCUGAAGAUGGACGACGCCAGCAUCGAGUCGGGGCUGGUGCACGACUUCGAUGCCAGCCUGUCCGGCAUCGGGCAGGAGCUGGGUGCUGGAGCCUACAGCAUGAGCGAUGUGCUGGCUCUGCCCAUCUUUAAGCAGGAGGACUCCAGCCUUCCUCCUGAAAGCGAGACCAAAAAUCCCCCAUUCCAGUAUGUGCUGUGCGCCGCCACCUCGCCUGCCGUCAAGCUGCACGACGAGACGCUCACAUACCUGAACCAAGGCCAGUCUUACGAGGUGCGUAUGUUGGACAACAGGAAGCAGGACGAGUUACCUGAGCUCAACAACAAGAUGGUGAAGAGCAUAGUGCGGGUGGUGUUUCAUGACCGCCGGCUGCAGUACACCGAGCACCAGCAGCUGGAGGGCUGGAAGUGGAAUCGUCCCGGCGACCGUCUCCUUGACAUCGAUAUCCCCAUGUCAGUGGGCAUUAUUGAGCCGAAGACUCACCCCUCCCAGCUCAACGCAGCAGAGUUCCUGUGGGACUUGAACAAGAGAUCUUCUGUUUUUGUGCAGGUGCACUGCAUCAGCACAGAGUUCACCCCCAGGAAGCACGGGGGAGAGAAAGGCGUCCCCUUCAGGAUCCAGUUUGACACGUUCACCCAGGGAGAGGGGGGAGAGUACACAGAGCACCUCCACUCUGCCUCCUGCCAAAUCAAAGUCUUUAAGCCAAAGGGGGCGGACCGUAAGCAAAAGACGGACAGGGAGAAGAUGGAGAAACGCACACCCCAAGAGAAGGAGAAGUACCAGCCUUCUUAUGAUACCACUAUCCUGUCAGAGACGAGGCUUGAGCCCAUCAUAGAGGAUGCGGGUGACCACGAGCUGAAAAAGUCCAGCAAGCGGACACUUCCCGCUGACUGUGGCGACUCCUUGGCCAAGAGAGGCAGUUGCUCCCCGUGGCCAGACGCCUACGUCAGCCCCAACCAGGCAGCUACUCCCUCCUUCACCUCAACCCCACUGUCCACCUACACAACGUCCUCAGUACCAGACAGUGAAUCGUCCUCACCCAAUCACCAGGCAGACCCUGGUAGCCAUGGCAACUCGGAGGUUAGUCUCCACCCUUCGCAACUGUAUGAAUUGGUGGAAAAGCAGUUGAGCCCCACCGCCUCCAUACAGGAUGCACAGAAGUGGCUGCUGAAAAAUCGCUUCAACUCCUACACACGGCUCUUCUCUCACUUCUCAGGUUCUGAUUUGUUGAAGCUGACACGGGAUGACCUGGUCCAGAUUUGUGGGCCAGCAGAUGGGAUCAGACUCUUCAAUGCACUUAAAUCCAGGUCAGUGCGUCCCAGGUUGACAGUGUACGUCUGUCAAGAGUCCCCCCAGGAGAGCCCCCUGCUGGAGAGACAUGCAACCAAUGAAAAUGGAGAUCACAGCAUUUCCUCUAGUUUACACGUGUAUCAUGCUCUGUAUCUAGAGGAGCUCACAGCUGCAGAACUGAUCCGCAAGAUGGCGUGUGUGUGCAGCCUUCCACUGGGAACCAUCAACCAGGUGUACAGACAGGGUCCUACAGGCAUACACAUCCUGCUCAGUGACCAGAUGGUUUAUAACUUGCCUGACGAAAGCUGUUUUUUGAUCAGCACUGUCAAAGAUGAACUGGGUGAAGGACUCCAUCUAAUACUGAAGUAGUGCGGAAGACAGAUGGCAUCACUAAUACUCCACCCUCGGUUUUGGAGCAGAAGCCUCCCUCUGUCCCUCUCCGCCUGCCUCUACUCUUUCCUCGUACUUCCUCCCGGUCUCUCCAAACAAUCUCUCGAUGGGAAGCAGUCAGACUGCGCUUAAAGCCAUGUAAAUGUUAGAAUCUGACAUGGGUGUGUCCACUGUUUCAUAUUGAAAACACUAUUAUCUGAGGAGCUUAGUUAAGACGAGAGACUGGGGGGGAUACAGGGUUAGGGGGGUGAUAAUGAUGUAUGUAUUUUGAUUUUAUUAUUUUAUUUUUUGUCUUUUUAUAUGGUUUCUGCGGGCUUAAGGGAGGGGGGGGCUUCAGGAGAGAAUGGAGAGAGACGUCCUGGCUGGCGGGAGAAGGAAAGAAAGUAGAUUUUCAUUAUUGCUCGUUGCCCCUCUUGCACAACGAGCACAACCAGCACUAGGCCAGUAUUUGAUAACCUGUACUGCUGAACAGCAUGCGAUCUCAAUGUACUAACCUGCUUAAAUGAGAAUCCCAAAAUCUGCUUGUUUAACAUUCUCCAUGGGGUUGUCUUAAUAAACAAUUUAUUGAUCAGCUGAGCUUGGGAACCCCUGAAAUAUCCAGGCUGACCCUAAGGAAGUGGCGUCAUCUGUGGACGUUGACACCAAACUUCUGUUUUUGUUUUGUUUCUUGGACUUUGUCAGAUGGAUAAACUCGUGUCACAUAGAGUAAUCCUUUGUGAUUUUAGACUUCCAGCCAUAUCUCUGUGUUGACGUCAAACUCAUCUCGACUCUCUUCAUGUACGUCCAGCUCCGCCUACGCUUUUACUGUUUUUAGUUGAUGCUUUAUUUAUGGAUCAGCUGUCCCUAUCACUCAUUAAAUCGACUUGUUUCCAGUGCCAUACUGGCUUUUUAUAGCUCGACUUUUUAGUCACUUUCACAAACACAGUGCACGUGCACCUCGUCUUUGUCUCCUCUGCUUUCUGUGCUGACUCUAAAAACACUGGUUAGGAGGAGCGCGGGUUACGCCUUUUGGGAUUUUGGCCAUAAUAUGCUGAAAAAAGUCACAUACUUUUCUUUUUUUUAAUAGAAGAUUGACAUGUGGAGCAUUAACACCAAUCCAAAAACUUCUUGAAUGUGGACCAAACGGGUUUCUGAUUUGUAGUCCGUUUUUAUUUUGAAAAGCUUCAUUGGCUCUGUACAUCCUGGUCAUCAGAGGCACUUUUGUUAAGGAGUUUUAAUCCCUCUUCAAGUUGAGUUGCUCGUGCUCUGCAUAUUCAUAGUAAUAAACCCUCAAUUCAAGGAUCUUCGCAGUGAGAAACAACCCACCACAGCAGGCUGCUAGAAAUGUAUCGCAGCCUGGUUUAUUAGUCUUAUCCUGUAGACUUGAAAACCAUGGCAGCUACACUUUCUUUACAAAUCCAUAAAAAGCCUGUUUUAAAUGUAGCUGCACACAGAAAGUACAAGUCAUGCGUGCCCUCAGUGACAGUACAUUUCCUUCAUGUCCUCCGAGUUGCGGAUGGUUUAGUUGACCUCCAUUUAAUUUUGGUACACAGUGUCCGGCCGUGUUGCAAGUUCAGACCGUUUGCACGCCUCUUAGUCUCAGAAUGUGAGUGUGCAUGUGUAUCAUUUUUCAUUCUUGCAAAGAAAAGUUAAUUAUGUCGGUAUUUGUCAUAAACUUUUUCCUGUCGGUAUGAUGCAACUGUGUUUAGCUUACUGUUUAGUAAAAGAGCAUGUUGGAGACGGGGAAAGGAGGGUGGGAGGGAUAAUUUGAUCCUUGUUGAGUGUAACACCUCCUUGUUUUUCCAUUUGUUAGAGACCAAGUCUGCACUGAGAAAUUAAUAAACUCAAGCUCGAUGUGUAGUCAGUAGUCCUAACGGCCACACCCUUUUCUUACCCGCCUAUAAUACGGAGAACAAAAAAAAGAAUGUCAAGCAUCUGUGUUUUUGUCUCGCCGUGCACCAGAGCCAGGACUGUAGCUCUUGUGGUGUUUACAAGGACACAAGUACCACAGCACAGUAAACUGUGUUCAGUAACAGAGCAGAUGUCAGGAAAAACUCUGUUAAGCAGUUUUGGUCCCCUUAAGUCCUGACCAGUCGUCUGUCUGUCUGUGUGAUUGUGUGUGUGAGAGAGUGAGCAGGAGAGGUGACCACUGUUCAUGUACAGCCUAAUGUCAAUGAUGAUGCUUCUCAUGUGCACAGUAUCGUAUGCUGGAGAUGUACACAACCACAUGUGCUGGGAAUAAAUGUUUUCAUAACUUUC